UCACAUGCACACGAGCCUGGGUGGGUGACAGAAGAACAGCCUCUUCUACUGAGUACAAAAUACAGAUCCACACAGCUGUGCUGCUUCUAAAUAUUGUUACUGAUCCUUGUGCACUUAAGUGUCUUCUCCGCACCUGCCUCUGAAACCGUGCAAGGCAAUUUAUUGCAGCCUCUUACAGUGAAUAUAGGGUGCCAUGAAAAUCCUCGUAGCUUUUGCUGUGAUUCUUCUGAUUUCGGCACAAGUCUUUGCGGCAGAAAUUGGAUUAAAUGAAGACAGUGACUGGCCUUACAGUGACCAAAUUCAGGAGGAAAUACAAGGGCCCGUAAUCGAAAGAAUUCUGCAAAGAAUUGCAAGGAAACCCAGACCUGACCAGUUCUAUGGCUUAAUGGGGAAACGGAAUAACGGAUUGGGUCAAAUUUCUCGCAAACGGUAUAAAUCAGGUUCCUUUUGGACUUAUGGGCAAAAGAUCUUUAGACUCUGGAUCUUCAGAAAGAAACUCACUACUGAAUUAUUAUGAUACCAGAAGAAAAUGAGACUUCCUCCCACUUCCCACUACUAUUUGUUAAUCUUCAUUCAUUGACCUGGAAGAUGAAGUGUAAUAUGUUAAUAUCCAGUAACACGAAUACCUAUUUAUUUUAAGACUUGAUUGUUUUAGCUUCUAUAUUCAAUAAAGCUAUUAUUUUUAAUAGUGUGGCAAGGAUACUUGUUAUCUAUGUGUGCUGUUAUCCUUCAGUUAAGACUUUUUAAUGGACGAAAAUAAAGAACAGGAAUGACAAGUAGAGACAUGAGAAUGGCCUGUUCACGAUAUGCGACACUAAACCGAAACAUCACUUUCAUAUAUUUAAAGCAGUGAACAACAACAAUGUGGAGUGCAAUGUGGAGUCCAAUGUUUCCAUGUUUCCAAGAGCUCUUGUAUCUUUGUUAAUGAGAAUAAACCAGUAUCAUUGCAGCAUGUUUUUUUUUAUGUGAAUCCAAAGUCUUCAUUUCACAGUAUAGAUUUUUUUCUGAUAGUGGCACUUUGAAUAAAAAAAAUUGAGAUUUUGCAACAUU